CGCCCCGCCCGGGGAGCCGCACCGGCCCCGGGAAGGACGUUUCCCUUGUUCGGCCUACAACUGCCAGGAGGACUGAAGCGGACCUGGCCCAUGGACCCCCUGGGUGCCCCGUCCCAGUUUGUGGAUGUGGACACGCUGCCCAGCUGGAUGGACUGGUUCGAGCCCGGGGAGCUGGACCCCCGGGACCCCUCCCCCGAGUCCUUUCCAGGGGGGUGUCUCCGCUCACCCUUCCCCUGCAACAAAGUUGUCAGCGGGAAGGUGGUUCUCUGGAAGGGAGACGUGGCCUUACUGAAUUGCACAGCCAUCGUGAACACCAGCAACGAGAGCCUCACUGACAAGAACCCUGUCUCCGAGAACAUCUGCGCCCUCGCGGGACCCGACCUCCUUGAGGACCUGCAGAAACUCAAAGGCUGCCGGACCGGGGAGGCAAAGCUGACGAAAGGCUUCAACCUGGCGGCGCGUUUCAUCAUCCACACGGUGGGCCCCAAGUACAAGAGCCGCUACCGCACCGCGGCCGAGAGCUCCCUCUACAGCUGCUAUUGGAAUGUCCUCCAGCUGACCAAGGAGCAGGCGAUGUCCUCGGUGGGAUUCUGUGUCAUAAACUCGGCCAAAAGAGGCUACCCUCUGGAGGACGCCACCCACAUCGCCCUCCGCACAGUGAGGCGCUUCCUCGAGGCCCACGGGGACACCAUCGAGAAGGUCGUGUUUGCUGUGUCAGACCUGGAAGAGGCCACGUACCGGAAGCUGCUGCCCCUCUAUUUCCCAAGGUCCUUGGAAGAAGAGGCGCGCUCCCUGCCCCUCCUCCCUGCAGAUAUCGGCAACGCCCAGGGGGAGCCUGUGGUCCCCGAACGACAGAUCCGCAUAAGCGAGAAGCCAGGCGCGCCAGAGGACCUGCGGGCGGCGGCGGAAGAGGACGAGGAGGAGGACGGACUGGAGGUGGGCCUGUCGUUCGUCGGCUCUCACGCGUUCGCCCGCAUGGAGGAGGACGUGGACAAGCAGCGGCGUCUGGUCCUCCAGGGGCAGUUGUCAGAGGCAGCGCUGCAGAAGCAACACCAAAGGAAUUACAAUCGCUGGUUGUGCCAAGCAAGGGCGGAGGACCUCUCUGACAUCGCUUCCUUGAAAGCCCUGUAUCAAACCGGUGUGGACAACUGCGGCCGCACCGUCAUGGUGGUGGUGGGACGGAACAUCCCCGUGACGCUCAUUGACAUGGACAAGGCUCUCCUGUACUUCAUCCAUGUGAUGGAUCACAUUGUGGUGAAGGAAUACGUGCUGGUUUAUUUUCACACACUCACCAGUGACUACAAUCGCCUGGACUCUGACUUCCUCAAGAAGCUUUAUGAUGUUGUGGAUGCCAAGUACAAGAGGAACCUGAAGGCCGUGUACUUUGUCCACCCCACAUUCCGCUCCAAGGUGGCCACCUGGUUCUUCACCACCUUUUCCGUGUCGGGGCUCAAGGACAAAGUGCACCAGGUGGAGAGUCUUCACCAGCUCUUUGCUGCCAUCGCCCCCGAGCAGAUCGACUUCCCACCCUUUGUCCUGGAGUACGAUGCAAGGGAGAAUGGACCUUGCUACUCCUCUGGGCCCCCAUCACCAGACCUGUGAUGGUCAUCCUGUGGUCCACUCGUACCUGGCCAGAGUCUGGCCCGCUCUUGCUAAACUGGGCAUCGUGGGCCACGUGAGCAGCCGGCUGGCGGGGUUGGGCCACACUGGACUCUCUCUAGUUAACUUUGGAGGGCACAAAUGGAGACAUUGGCAGUCGGGGGCCAUGGAGGUCUCUGCCCUCCUCCCCUGCCCCCUUCUUCGAGAGGCUCCCAUCCUGCCACUGGACCUCUGGCUCAGUGUGGGCAGACGCCCUCAUUCCCCAAGGGCUUCAUAAAAAUGUAACCAAUGGUGGAGAUGAAGCCCUGGAGGCAACUGGGGCCAUGCGGGGUGUGCUGCCCCUGUCAUGACCGAGUGACAACUGGGGUUCCCCCCACAGUAAGCGGGGGCCAUGUAGGCCCAUUCCAGGGAUCUCUCUGAGUGGGGGGAGUGUUCUCGAGGCCACAUCCAAAGGGGGAAACCCUGCCCUAUCCUGCAAGCACCCGGGUAUCAGGGUGAGGGCAGGGAUGCUAUUCCAGGAGCUUCCUGCACGGGCACUUGGGUGGGUACUAGUCACUCAGUCUUCCCUCUUUGCCCACUGCCCUGUCUCCCACCCACCCACCUACCCCAGCUCCUUUCCCGCAGCUCUGGCCUCCCAAGAGGCCAGCCCAGCUGACCAAGUCAAGGCUCCAGGCUGAGUCCUGGGCACUGGGUACCAGGCUCCUCCCCUAGCAGCAGCUGCAACCCAGCCAGCCUAGCCCCGGGCUGGAGCCCCAUCCUCCACCCAGUACUAUUGUGGAGGUUGCCCCUGGCCCUUCAGUCUGCCCCUUUAUGGUCCUACUCAACUCUGCCCGUCCCAGGCCUUGGACGGGGAAGCAAUAAAAUUGGCCGAGGGGCUGGAGGGGCUUGGGGUCAGGUCCGUUUUUCACUGUCUUCACGUGGAAGUUGUUCUAGUUUCGCUGUUCCCACACCCUCACCCCGCCCCCCAACAAGGUCACCCUGCCAAGCUGUGAACUAAAGGGGUGGGGGGCUUCCGGGGGGGUUGGGAGUGGGCUUUCCAUGGCCAGUGGCAAUAGGUGGAGUUUCCCGAGGUUGGGGAAUGAAGGGGCGGAGCUUUGUGUGUGAAAAUGUAGGGGCAGGAUUAUGGGGGAGGGGGAGAGGGCAUACAGUUAGGGGCCAAGGAGGUGGGCAAGAGUCAGGAUGUGGCUGGUUCACACCCCUACUGGCACUGUAGACCCAGGCAGGCAUCACUGGGUUCAAGGUGGGGUCAUCAGGCUUCACCUGCAACUGAGCAGUGGUUGGGGGAUGACCUGCCAGGUCCAGGGCUAUUAGCAUGGCUCCGUGCCAUCUAGUUUCUGCCCACCCCGCACGGGUGAACACCCUUGAUCCGACCCAGAUACGGGAAACUCCCAUACCCCUCACCUGCCCACAGCGUGGAAACAGAUGUAGUGGUUUUAGCCUGCCCCCUAAAUCUGGUAAGUGCCACCCAGCCACAGUUCUGGGACGCUGAUGCGGUCUGCUGGACCCGCUGACGUCGGCCACCAAGGAGACAACCCACUUGGCCAAAGACUGGACGCUGCUGUCCUCGUUGCUUGUUCUGUCCACCUUGGAGCUGGAGAGGGCCUGGGAGGGAGGUGGGGGUGGUCCAGGUCAGCAGCAGCAGCUCUCCAUGUCUCCCUCCCUGGAUCCGUUCCCACUUGCUCCGGACCCGGGAACAGAGGCAGAAAGGGGACCCCAGAAAUGGUGACUUGGAACCGGGAAUCUUUCCCAGAGGAGCCAGCAGGGCUGGAGUCUAUAAUGUGCAGUUUCUCCAUUAAUGCUGGCGGGCUGUGGGCGAAUCCAUCAAACUUUUAUAGACCUGUAAACGUGGACCCCACGGAGGCAGAACUUGGCAGAGAUUCUGAGGACAGAAUUACCGACCCUUUGGUAAAGUGAUAGUUGAGUUUUCAUGGAUUCAUGGAAGGGAAGUCACGCCCGAUGGCUGCUCCCGCAUCAGCUACGUCCUGCUCUGCGGCACGGUGGCAGGCGGGGCUGCCAGGGGCGGCUGGGGCAGCGGGGGGCUCUGAGCCCCACAUCUCUGCCUUCUCCAGACCCACCCUGGGGGCCGGGGGUGGUGGCCUUGGGGCCCUGGCCCUGCUCUGGACAGUGGGAUCCCGGGGCCUUGGCUGGCACAGGUGGAAAGGCAGCGAGAGUUGGCUCUGCUGCCGAUGGGGCCAGGACAGGAAGUGGGCAGGGCGCGAGAUCUUCCAAUGUAUGUGUAUGUAUGGGGCGGCAGCCGGGGGCGGUGAGGUGUGCAAUCUGUCCCAGCUGGAAAUCUGGGCCACUUUGUUUGCUCUCAUGUCAGGCUGGCUGCAAAAUAAAGAGUCUGG